CGCGGCGAGCAGAGCCCCACGCGCCCGGGUCCGGGAUGGGUAGCGCCGCGCGCGCCCCGGGGAGGAGGGACAGUCAGGCCGCCCCGCCCUGGCCCAGUGAUUGAUCAGCAGCCCUUACGGAGCCUUUUACUGGCUCGCGUGGAUGGGAAUUAAUUCUGGGAUGGAUAAAUAAUGCAUUGAGGUUUGUGUAGUCCAAGGCAAGCCGGCCGUCAGAAGCAAUGAGAGGGAGACCAGGGAGCCUCGCCCCGUAAAGCCAGCAGCAUGGGGGCCCGUGCGGGGCAAGAGGGGCAGUUGGGCCAGAGGAAGAGAAAAGGGAAGUGGAUGACAGCAUGAUCGGCACAAGGACUCUGGCCUGGCGGCUUCUGGAAUAUGCUGAGCCCAAAGAUCAGGCAAGCCAGGAGGGCCCGCUCCAAAAGCCUGGUGAUGGGGGAGCAGAGCCGCAGCCCGGGGCGGCUGCCCUGCCCCCACAGGCUGGGCCCCGUGCUGAAGGAGGGCUGGCUGAAGAAGCAGAGGAGCGUCAUGAAGAGCUGGCAGCAGCGCUGGUUCGUGCUGCGUGGGGACCAGCUCUUCUACUACAAGGACAAGGAUGAGAGCAAACCCCAGGGAUUUAUUUCUCUACAAGGGACCCGGGUGACUGAACUUCUUCCUGGCCCUGAGGACGCAGGGAAGCACCUCUUCGAGAUCAGCCCAGGUGGUGCCGGGGAGCGGGAGAAGGUGCCGGCCAGCCCCGAGGCGCUCCUGCUCCUGGCCAGCUCCCAGCGCGACAUGGAGGACUGGGUGCAGGCCAUCCGCCGGGUCAUCUGGGUCCCCCGUGGCGGAGGUACUGCCCAUAGACCGCAUACUCACCCUCUAGAACCCUUGCCUUCAGGGAUCUUUGGGCAGCGCCUGGAAGACACAGUCCAUCAUGAGCGGAAGUAUGGCCCCCGGCUGGCCCCCCUGCUGGUGGAGCAGUGUGUGGACUUCAUCCGGGAGCGUGGGCUCACCGAGGAGGGGCUCUUCCGCAUGCCCGGCCAGGCCAACCUGGUGAGGGACCUGCAGGAUUCCUUCGACUGUGGGGAGAAGCCACUGUUUGACAGCACAACAGACGUGCACACGGUGGCCUCCCUGUUGAAGCUCUACCUGCGGGAGCUCCCUGAGCCCGUGGUCCCCUUCGCCAGGUAUGAGGACUUCCUCAGCUGUGCCCAGCUGCUCACCAAGGACGAGGGGGAGGGGACUCUGGAGUUGGCUAAACAAGUGAGCAGCCUUCCCCUGGCCAAUUACAACCUGCUCAGAUAUAUCUGCAAGUUUCUGGAUGAAGUUCAGUCUCACUCAAAUGUCAACAAGAUGAGUGUCCAGAACCUGGCAACCGUUUUUGGACCCAACAUACUUCGGCCACAGAUAGAAGACCCAGUAACCAUCAUGGAAGGCACUUCUCUGGUCCAGCACCUGAUGGCCGUCCUGAUCCGCAAACACAGCCAGCUCUUCACUCCGAGGGCUGAGGAAGUGCCGAGCUCCCCAUGUGGGGGCCCACUGUGCACAGUGGGGUGGGGCUCCGAGGAGAUCCCGAGGGACGGCCAGCCGGAACCCAGCAGCCCCAGCAGCCCUGGUCUGCCAUCACACAGGACCUCGUCUCUGGAUGGGGCCACUGUGGCAGCACUGUCUAGAACCUCCCCCACGGGCCUGGGCAGCCAAGGCAGCCCUGCCGCCACCAGCCCUGGGAAGAAAGUGCAGAUGCUGCCCAACUGGAAGUCUUCCUUCUGGCAGUCAGGGUCUCGUUCUUGGAGCCCGAAGGUGGGCAGCCUCUCCCUGGAAGUGCCCAUCAUCUCCUCCGGAGGGAACUGGCUCAUGAACGGGCUGUCCUCCCUGCGCGGCCACCGCCGGCCCUCCUCGGGAGAACGGCUCAAGGACUCAGGCUCUUCGCAGAGACUCUCCACUUACGACAAUGUGCCCCCGCCCAGCGGCCUCUUUCCCAGCACCCCCAGUGUGGCUAGCACAGCGUGGUCCGGGGCCUCCUCUUACGAGGCAUCGGCCAGAGGCUCAGUCAGCAGCUGCACGGCCUGCCGGGCCAGUGACUCGUCUGCCUGCAGCUCCCUGCACACUGAGGGGGCCCUCGAGCCUUCCCCUUUCCCCAGUAGCAGCGAGGACUGCAGAUCCCCGGACCUGGGCCGUGGCCUGGACGAGGUGGGCACUUGCAUCAGCAGCAGCGAGCCCAGCGAUCCAGGCAGCCCCACCCAGGACUAUGCCCGCUGCUCCGAGGCUCUCCAGGACCUGGUCACGGAGCUCAGGGCGGAGCUGUGCCGGCAGAGGACUGAGUACGAGACCAGUAUAAAAAGACUCGAAGAAAGUAGUGCCAACCUGAGGAAACAAAUGUCAUGGCUAGAAGAAGAACUGGACCAGGAAAAGAAAAAGUACACAAUGCUGGAAAUAAAGCUGAGGAACUCAGAGCGGGCACGGGAAGAUGCGGAGAAGAGGAACCAGCUGCUGCAGAAGGAAAUGGAGGAGUUUUUUUCAACCUUGGGAAGCCUGACUGUAGGGACAAGAGGUGACAAAGCCCCAAAGUGAAGGAGUGGAAAGAGCUCCCGUCUGCAGCGGUGCUCGCCGCCUCUGAGCAGAGCUGGCCGCCGGCCUCGUGAGCAGCCGCAGGGCUUCAGCGGCGCCGGGAGCUCUGCAGCCAGCUGGAGGGAGGAGUCCUGACACCCCCAGGGGGGACUGUGGGGAGCCCAAACCCCACGUGGGAUCUGGACGCUCCUCCGACCAUGCAGGGCCUGGCAGGUGUCAGAGGGGGCAGUCCCAUGACCACCAAAACAGAUGGUACCUGGGAUCUGAGUAGCCCACUGGGCUUUUUUGCAUUCUUUAUUAAAUUUGCUGCCAUAGCAUGAUGUCUGCA